AUGGCCGUCCGCUCUGCUUCGCCCAUCCACUACGCCCAGUUGAACGCAGCAGGCCAAAAGUUCUGGUUGGGUGGACAGACUUCUUCUUACUGCCCUGAGCAAGUGCAGAAUUGCCCCCCGGGCAACCAGACUAUCCUGGCUCCUGGUGGUAACUCUUUGGACGUCGAAGUCCCCGGCGGCCAACAAGUCUACGUCGACCCCACCGGCGCCCUGAGCUUCACCCAAGCCCACUCCGCCUCCAUCCCCGCCGGUUCCUCCGUCGGCAAUCUAGCCUACCAGCCCGGUACUCCCUGGAACCACUACACCUUCAAUGGCUGGGGUGCAACUGGUCUCAUGGCCUGUCCAACCGCGGAUAACCGCUGGCAGGUGUUUGCUGCCUUGAGCAAUGCCACCGUUCCUUCUGGAAAUGUCGCUGAUUGUCUGGGUUUCUCGGCUAUUGCGUUGCCGUAUAAGGGGGAUGUUCCUGCUUGGCAGUAUAUUUAG